AUAUUUGGGAAAAUAGUGAGCCCACAAGGGGCAACGGUCAUUUUUCCAACGGUCUUGAAAAUUGAAAUUUGAACACUCAAUUCCAACACAAGCAAAAGAAACGAAACUCUGCCCCUCUCAUCUCUCUUCCAAAUCCUCACUCUUCUGCUGCUAAAGAGCUUUCCUGUCACUUUUUUUUUUUUUCAAGAUCUUCUCAUCUUCCAAACACAAAAGACUCCUAAUUUCAUGGAAAACGCCCAAUUCAACACAUUCGGCCAAGACCCUGAAACGGUAUUUUCGGAUCCCUUUGUUACUAGGGUUUGUGGUGGGGAGGAACCGUUGGAUCAAGAACACCAAGAUUCCGUCAUGGAGGCCCAAUUCAACAGAUUUGGCAAAGACCCUGAAACCCUAUUUUCGGACCCCUCUAUUUCUAGGGUUUGUGGUUGGAAGGAACCUUUGGAUCAAGAACACAAAGAUUCCGCCAUGGAGGAGGACGAUGAAACUUUGGUUGAUUCUACACUUUGCAAUUUGGGUUCAAGUCUAGUUCCAAACGGAUUCAUGAAGCCCAAUUGUACAGAAGAAGUUUUGUUGUUUGUAAAUGCUGGCGGUGUGACUUCAAUGGAAGUAGAGUCCAAUAUGACCUUUAUGGCUGAUAACUUCUUUCAUGGGGGAGAUGUCUUCCAAACCGAGGAGCAUAUAACUGAGGGUGGUGAUUUUCCAUUCAUUUACCAGUCAGCACGAUUAGGGAACUUUGAUUACCGGUUCAACAAUCUACCUCCUGGAAAAUAUUAUGUUGAUCUUCAUUUUGUGGAGAUCAUAAACACGUAUGGGCCUAAAGGAAUGAGGGUAUUCAAUGUAUACAUGCAGGAUGAGAAGGUUCUGUCUGACUUUGAUAUCUUCUCCAUUGUUGGAGCCAACAAGCCAUUGCAGCUAGUUGACUCGAGAGUCUCUGUUAAAGAUGAUGGUGUUAUUUCAGUAAGAUUCGAAGGGGUCAAUGGAAGCCCAAUGGUUAGUGGAAUCUGCAUAAGGAAAGCACCAGAGAUUCCGGCUCCACAAGUGACGCAUGAAUAUCUUAUAUGUAACAACUGUUCUGCUGCUAUUGAAGUACCUUCAGCUCAGAAGAAAGUCAUGAAAAGGAAAUCAACGGCCAAGUACGAGAAAAGGAUACAAGAGUUGAGUACCCAGUGCAAGCACAAGACAGAUGAAUGUUAUCAAGCUUGGAUGUCUUUGGAUGCUGCAAAUGAUCAGCUACAGAAGGUUAGGAUGGAACUUGACAAUAAGUUGUUCCAGACAUACUCUCUUGAUCAAACUGUGGAGAAACAAGCUGUGAACCUGAUGAAUAUUACUAGUAGAUAUGAGCGUGACAAGAAGUUCUGGACUGCAGCAAUAACAAAUUUAGAGGAAAAAAUAAAGAUAAUGAGACAGGAGCACUCUCAGCUCUCUCGUGAAGCACACGAAUGUACCGAUUCAAUUCCUGAGUUGAAUAAAAUGGUAUUUGCAGUUCAGGCCUUAGUUGCUCAGUGUGAGGAUCUUAAAGUGAAGUACAAUGAAGAGCAAGUAAAGAGAAGGAAGCUCUAUAACCAAGUUCAGGAGGCAAAAGGGAAUAUCAGGGUAUUUUGCCGGUGCCGUCCAUUAAGCAAGGUGGAGGUCUCAGCUCGGCAUGCAACCAUUGUAGACUUUGAUGCAGCCAAGGAUGGAGAACUUGGGAUCGUGAGUGGUGGCUCUACCAAAAAGACCUUUAAAUUCGACCGAGUUUACACACCAAAAGAUGAUCAGGCUGACGUGUUUAGCGAUGCUUCACCAAUGGUGAUCUCUGUGUUGGAUGGCUACAAUGUCUGUAUAUUUGCUUAUGGGCAAACUGGAACGGGCAAGACGUUCACAAUGGAGGGUACUCUGCAGAACCGAGGAGUCAAUUAUAGGACCCUUGAGGAAUUGUUUAGAAUUGCUAAAGAAAGAAGUGAAACUUUUACCUAUGAUAUAUCUGUAAGUGUGCUUGAAGUCUACAACGAGCAUAUCAGGGACCUGCUGGCUACAUCACCACCAUCGAAGAAGUUGGAGAUAAAGCAAGCUUCUGAAGGGUUUCAUAAUGUCCCGGGGAUAGUGGAAGCAAAAGUAGAGAACAUAAAGGAAGUCUGGAAUGUACUGCACGUUGGAAGCAGUGCCCGGGCUGUUGGAUCCAAUAAUGUGAAUGAGCAUAGCAGCCGUUCUCACUGCAUGCUUUGUGUAAUGGUAACAUCUAAGAACCUGAUGAAUGGUGAGUGCACCAAGAGCAAGUUGUGGCUAGUGGAUCUGGCAGGCAGUGAGAGGCUUGCAAAGACUGAUGUGCAGGGAGAUCGGCUCAAGGAAGCUCAAAACAUCAAUAGAUCACUUUCAGCGCUUGGCGAUGUUAUUUCUGCUUUAGCAGCUAAAAACAGUCACAUUCCAUACAGGAACUCUAAGCUGACACAUUUGCUUCAGGAUUCAUUAGGGGGUGACUCCAAAACUUUAAUGUUUGUGCAAAUCAGCCCCUCGGAGCAGGACUUGAGUGAGACUUUGAGUUCACUAAAUUUUGCAACACGGGUUCGAGGGAUUGAGUUGGGUCCUGCAAAAAGGCAAAUUGAUACAAGUGAGCUUCAAAAGAUGAAAGUGAUGCUUGAUAAAGCAAGGCAGGAAUCCAGAUCCAAAGAUGAAUCCCUAAGGAAGCUAGAAGACAGCUUACACAGCCUAGAAAGCAAGGCCAGUGGCAAGGAUCAGCUUUACAAAACUCAACAGGAAAAGAUCAAAGAAAUCGAAGGCCAGCUCGAGUUGAAGACAGCGUUGCACAACCAGUCAGAGAAGCAACUCUUGCAUUUUUCAGAUAGAUUGAAGGGGAGGGAAGAAAUUUGCACCAAUUUGCAACAAAAGGUCAAAGAGCUAGAGAACAAACUUAGAGAGCGAGAGCACUUAGAAUCUGCAACCUACCAACAGAAGGUGAAGGAUCUUGAAAACAAGCUGAGAGAGCAAGUGCAAGAGUUUGAAUCUCAUUCCAUCACUCUUCAGCAGAAGGUUAAGGAGCUUGAGGGUAAAUUGGAAGAGCAGGAACAUAACUCAGACUCCUUACUUAAUUUGAAGAUUAAGGAGCUUGAAGACACAGUGAAGGAACUAGAGCAACAGUUGGAAUGUAACAGGACUGUAGAUUCUAUUGCUUCAACAAGAACCACUGCCACCACCCCCCUCGAAAGCAAAUGCCACCACGUAAGAGAUGAAAUCACUAACGGGGCUGAGCACAAUAUAUUAAGGAAUUCAAACUCAAUAAACCACCGGAUGAGUCAAGGGUCUAAUUUGCUGAAAGGGAAUGACUCCCUUCACAAUGUUAGAAGGAAGCGACUAUCCAAAAAUAGCGAAACAGAGAACAUAUCAACUUCUUCCCUCAAUGAUAGCAAGGGCAGCAGGCAAUCUGAUCCACCUAAACCAUUUUCGAGGAUUACUAGAACAGCCAAGCCUUUAACAAAUGCUCAAAGGCCCUCCUCUGCUCAUAACAAAACUAGCAGAGAUCAGGUUCAAGGAAUCAAGGAGAGGGAUAGCAAGAAAAGGAUUUGGUCAAGAUAGUGUGGAGUAUACCAAAAGAAGCCACCUACUUUCAACAUCAUAUUGCAAUGUAUUCUUUUUUCUUUUUUUUAAAUUUUUUUUUUUUUUUUAUAGUACUCUUAUCACUGUGUACUUGUAUUUUACUUAGAAUUUAGUGAUACAAGUGAUUUCAUACUCUUAGAAGGCUACAUACAUGCAAGUGGCUUUUCUUGUUAAACAUAUUCUGAAGUUUAUGUAUAAAUGUAUUUUCCAGAUUCUUCUUUACAAAGGUCCCAAUUUGUAUGGAAUAACUGAUUUGCACAAGUCGCCU